AUGGUCAAGCACAACAACCAACUUCAAAACAACCAUUUCCACAAGGAUUGGCAAAGACGGGUCAAGACCUGGUUCGACCAACCCGGUAAAAAGAAGUCUAGAAGAGUCGCACGAUCCAAGAAGGCUCUUGCUACUGGAGCUCAACCUCUUCAACGACUCCGACCUGCUGUCCGAUGCCCUACCCAACGAUACAACAUCCGAAUUAGGGAGGGACGAGGAUUCACUCUUUCCGAAAUCAAACUCGCCGGUAUCAGAAAGAAGGAAGCUAAAGGUCUCGGUAUCGCUGUUGACCACAGAAGACGAUCCAAGUCUGAGGAAGGUCAAACCCUCAAUGUUGAUAGAUUAAAGGAGUACAAAUCUAGAUUGGUAGUUUUCCCUAAGAAACAAGGUAAACCCAAGGCUGGUGACGCUCAAGGUGACGACCUCACCGCUCACAUCACUCGAGAAUCCCUCCCUCUCCCUUCCGCUUACACCGCCGAGGCACCUCGAGCCAUCACCGACGAGGAGAAAUCCGCCGAAGCCUUUGUCACUCUCCGACAAGCCCGAGCCGCCCAACGAAACGAGGGUGCCCGACAAAAGAGACUCAAGGAGAAGGAGGCCGCUGAAAAAGCUAAAUAA